AUGGCCACAUCCACCCUGUCCGUCUGCUCCAGCGACCGGAGCUACGGCAGCCGCGUCUGCCUGCCCGGCUCCUGUGACGCCUGCCCCGACUCCUGGCAGGUGGACGACGGCCCAGAGAGCUGCUGCGAGCCCCCCUGCUGUGCCCCCUCCUGCUGUGCCCCCUCCUGCUGUGCCCCCACCUGCUGUGCCCCCUCCUGCUGUGCCCCCUCCUGUCUGACCCUCAUCUGCACCCCUGCGAGCUGUGGGUCCAGCCCCUGCCAACCAGCCUGCACCAGCUGCUGCCAGCCCUCCUGCUGCAGCUCCUCCCCCUGCCAGGAAGGCUGCUGUGUGUCUGUCUGCUGCAAGCCCGUCUGCUGCACCCCUGUGUGCUGCAAGCCCGUCUGCUGCACCCCUGUCUGCUGCACCCCUGUCUGCUGUAAGCCCGUCUGCUGCACCCCUGUCUGCUCCGGGCCCUCCUCCUGCUGCCAGCCCAGCCCCUGCUCCUCGUCCUGCUGCAGACCGUCCUCCUGCAUGUCCCUGCUCUGCCGCCCCGUGUGCAGGCCCACCUGCUGCGUGCCCGCCUCCGCCCAGAAGUCCUGCUGCUGA